ACACCUCCAACAUGAAGGUGUUCGUUGUCACACUCGUGCUGGCGCUCGUCGCCACCGCAUACGGUGGUUACAUAAGCAGCGGCGGCGGUGGUUAUGGCGGCGGUGGUUUCGGCGGCGGCAGCAGUGGAUGGAAGCUCGGCGGUAGCGGCGGAGGUGGAUACGGCGGCGGUGGUUACGGAGGCGGUGGCUAUAGCGGCGGAGGUGGCGGAUGGAAGUUUGGCGGUGGUGGAUUUGGCGGCGGUAGCGGCGGUGGUGGUUACGGUGGCGGUGGAAAGAUCAUCAAAGUAAUCGCGCUUAGCGACGGAGGUGGAUAUGGAGGUGGCGGAUACGGCGGUGGCGGCGGCGGCGGCGGCGGCGGUGGAUGGAAGCUUGGCGGCGGAGGUGGAUACGGUGGCGGUGGAUACAGCGGUGGAUACAGCGGUGGUAGCAGCGGAUGGAAGCUCGGUGGUGGAAGUAGUGGAUUCGGCGGCGGCAGCGGUGGAUGGAAAUUAGGCGGUGGUGGCGGAUACGGUGGUGGUGGAUACGGCGGCGGCGGCGGUGGAGGUUGGUGGUAAUACUCACGGCAAACAGCAGUGCUCACGAGCAAACGGAACGAAAUUCGCUCGCCGAUCAUCCGCGUAUCUCGGCCCGUCGAAGCAUCGAUCGUCGUCGAUAAGGAAAUUAACUCGCGUUUGGCCUUUCCACUCUUCUGAUCUCUCUACUCUUCGUAUUCAAUCCGCCAUCGGAAGAUCAAAAAAGCCAAAAUCGGAACACCGCCAUUAAGGCAGAAGCAAGAAGUUGCCUGAUAUAUCGCCGAAUAAAUUUGCAAGAGAAAACGUCACAGCGUACAACGCAUGUAUGAGACACCAUCUCUGUUACCCUUCAUCACCAAGCACAGGGAUAUCUCUUGGAAAUAGCGAACGAUAUCGUCGCCUCGCUUCCGGCCAUUCGAACUUGCCGCCGUGUCGUCUAGGCGAAACGACUUCCUUCUCGACGGCGCAUUUUCCCUCCACGUUCCGCCGCUCGCCACCCCUUCAUCCCUCACAAUCCGGAAAAUCGGCGAGCGUUCCAUUUACGAGCGAAUCGUACGCCCUGAUAUUUCAAUCCCGCUUCCACGUAUGAACAUCCCAUCUCACCCCUCCCGUUUACUUAACCCGCGCCUCUCUUUCGAGGAUCGAAGGCGUCAGAGCAAGGCACCCUCACGAGCACAACAUUUAGCCUAUUGCAAACACGUAGCGCAAAAUACCGUGUAAUUCCCAGUAUUACCCCGGAUGCCUCGAACACGAACGAGCAGAAAUGACGAAAAACUGCAGGAAAAUUACACCCGAUGAAAAAAAGCGCAGUGAUCCAUUUCACGCACACUUUUCUUUUUCCCUUUAUUGUCUGGACCACCCCACGAUUCAAUGAUCCACAAUAAACGAGUCAUGUUGAUAGAAUAA